CUCCUGGACCAAUCAGAAUCUUCAUAACACCAAGAACGCAUGACAAUAUGGACGCAGACGUGCGCUGUCCCUGAGAACAUGAGGACGGCAGGAAGGGAGAGUUAGGAUUAACAAUGUAGGUCACGACAGUAAGCUGUAUAUCCAUGUGGACUGCGUGACAUUGUGUGCUAGCUGCUUAUCCUGCAUGGGAACCUGUUCAAGCUUCGUGAUCCCUGCUACACGUUAAAAAAAAGACCUCUUAAGUUGCACUUAGACACACACACACACACACACACACACACACACACAGACAUGUUCAAGUCCUUUCAGCGUGCUCCCAUGUGCAGCAUGAGCUCUCGUCUGCAUUGCACACCAGCUCUCAGACACAGCAGUGGAGCAGGACCUCACAAGUCUGGGGCUGCAGCAUGGCUUGAGUCUCUCUUCACGUGGCUCCAGAAACCAGUAAGGGGCUAUGGUGAGACCGUCUCUGGCAAAAAGAAGCGAGCAGGGCUUCUGUCUAUCUUGGCUGACCACUGCAGCUUUGUGACUGGACAGAGGCUGAGGCGAGCAUUACAGAUCGCAGAGCUCUACUCGAACCUUUACUCGGAGAGGAGCAGGCAGACACUGGUGGGCAACAUUUGGCGUGGACUGCAGAACAAGCAGGCCCCGACGGGCAAACUGCUGGCUGCCCUCGCAGGGGUUUUCAUGUGGGAGGAUGAGAAGAUAAAAGACGAUGAGAUUAGAAGGUGUGCGUGGGAACUCCAGGCUCUGGAUGAUGUAAAGCAGCAGACCACCAUGCGGAAGGCAAGUGUGCAGACUGAGGAUGGCUGGGAGAUUGUAAUGGAGAAGAAGAGCUUUAAAGUGUGGAGGAGACCCUUUGAAGGAAGCCAUUUGUUCGAGUAUCGAGUAUUUGGUUCCUACACCGAUGUUACUCCAAGACAGUUCUUCAAUGUUCAGUUGGACACUGAAUACAGGAAGAAGUGGGACGCACUGGUGAUCAAAUUGGAGGUGGUGGACCGGGACCUGGCCACGGGGUCAGAGGUCGUCCACUGGGCCACACAUUUCCCUUAUCCGAUGUACUCACGAGAUUAUGUGUACGUGCGGCGCUACAAAGUGGACGUAGAGAACAACCUGAUGGUCCUGGUGUCCAGAGCUGUGAAACAUCCCGUAGUUCCUGAGAUGCAAGAGUUUAUCCGAGUUCACUCGUAUCGCUCCAGGAUGGUCAUCCGACCCCACAAGUCCUUUGAUGAGAAUGGAUUUGACUAUCUGUUGACGUACAGCGAUGAUCCUCAGACGGUUUUCCCUCGUUACUGUCUGAGCUGGAUGGUGUCUAGUGGCAUGCCUGAUUUCCUGGAGAAGCUUCACAUGGCUGCUCUCCGAGCGAAGAACCACGAGGUUGGCGUUCAUGACUACGUGGGUGUGAUGAAGCCGGUGCAGCAGCCCUCUCCGGAGAGGCUGGAGGAGGAACCGCACUCGACGGGAUCCUCCCGUAUUUACGCAUGAGAGAAGUGUGCGAGUGGAGGGCGAUUCAUUAGACCUAAGAGACCUCGGGUUUGAUUCAGUACAGGCACGGAAGAGAUGAGCAUCGAGACAGAGCCUGAGGAGGAAAAAUGAGAGCGCGAGAGACUGAGAGCUUUUUCUCUUAUUGUGAACCUGCAGUUAGCGAGUGAGAAUCAGAGGCAUGCUUCUGCUGCUACCGCUGCUGCCAACAACACUGUUUCUAUUCUACACUUUGUGUGUGUGUGUGUGUGUGUGUGUGUGUGUGUGUGUGUGUCAUUCACUAUGUACACGUGGAAUUAUUUUGAGAGUCAGAACGGGAAAAAUUGGCAUGCACUCACUCAGCUGUCUAUUUAUUGCUCCUGGGAGUUUUACUUCCCCAAACUUCUUCUCAGGUAAAGAAAAGAUAAAUAAAUAAACCAGAGAGGAGAUGGGAGAGCGAUAUUUCUCUCUCUCUCUCUCUCUCUCUCUCUCUCUCUCUCUCUCUCUCUCUCUCUCUCUGCCAACAAUCUCACCAAGCUAGCAUAAAAUAUCCGUCCUAUCGCGAGUUGUCAACACUUAACGUCGCUAUAAUGUACAUGCUUAAAAUAUCCCAGUUCCUUUAAUACAAGGUGUAGUGCCAAUGCUUCUGAGCCUAGAUAAAAGAAUGUACGAUAAACCUCAGUCGAUACCACGCAUAAGAUUGAGUGCAAAAGUUUGUACACCUGUAGGACUUUUUUUUUUUUUUUAUCGAGCCCUCGUGUAUUAUAGAUAAGUUUCCUUCGUAGCAAAAAUGAUUUAAAUGAGAUCGUUUCAGAUUACUAUAGUGUCCAUCUUUCUAAUACGUGAUAUAACUCUCUCUAAACUCCAUGGUGUUCCAGACGUCCUAUACAUAGGGAAAAUGAACACUUAAUGAACAGAACGUCUUCCAUAGUUGCCUUUAUGCCUUUUAAUGCCUUUGAUGACAGAGCAAUGUGUGAUGUUAGCUGGAAAAGUCACAGCACAAUGAUCACCGAAAAGAAUAACACCAAAUAACACCGUGAUAAGAGUGCAUCAUGAGUUGGAGAGACAACUUUGUUUACAAAGAAAUGGUAGUCGUGUAGAGGAUGUGUUAUUAGCUUAGUUUUUGCUUUAAAAAAAAAAAAGUUCAUUUUUCCGGAGUAUAGAGACUUUACUUGAGACUGAUUUUCAAAUCUUGACGAAUUUACUUAAUAUUUUCAGCAAACUGCAGGACACGUUAAAUGUAACUGCUCGAAAUUCUUUCUGCCCAGAGAAGAGGAUUGGGGUCGGAAAAAGCCCACGAGAGUCGUGCGGUCUUGUCGUAUCACUCGUGCAUAUCACUUGGCUCAAACAUACUCUAACCCUCUGGUCCUCGUGUUUCUCAAAGCAGCAUGUCUUCAGGAAGUGGGGGAUAUUUCAUAGUGACCGCAGUGUCUUUACUAGCAUGCUACACUUCCUCUUCCUCUGCUGCAAGAGCCGUGUCUGUUUUCUCCUGAUUUGGCGUCACACGUUGUUUGUGCUCAUCACUGCUGAAUAGUAAUAAUAACAACACUUGCGUGAUCGAUACAAGCGGUAGUCUCGCAGCGUUAAUGAUAAGAGUCCACAAUUUCUGAUAAUGACAGUUGAGAUCAUUUUAAUUGCUGAAUCUCUACCAGUCGUGGGAUGGAUUGUAAUCUCGGACUAAAUAAACACCAUAGAUUUAUAUUUAUAAGCAUUUCUAAUGAGUCCUACUAGUAAAUAUUUAUGCAUUGUCUGUACUACUUAUCCUACUAUUCAAGACAGGAGAUAUUUUAGACUGGGUGGCAGUUCAUCACAGGGCACACACACACACACACACACACACACACACUAUGGAUGUGUCAGUAGUGUCUUUGGACUGUGGGAAGACUAAACAAUCUGAACUUGACCCUUCACCUUUCCUCUUGUGGUUGAGUUUGAAGCCUCUCAUCUCUAUGUCCGUCCAAGAGACUAAUGAAAGACGCUUAUUGGAAUAUUUUGAUAUGUGGCAAAUUAAUACAGUGCUUAAAUGUGGCAGCGUGUUUGUUUUAAAUUGUUUGAUGUAGCUGAUCUUUGGAUGGCUUUCUGGCGUAAAGGGUUAACGUGUUUACUUGUCUCAUGAGUUAAAAUUGAAUCUUCACCCAUUAUUUAUGUUCCAACACAACAAAAGCUUCCUGACCGAUUUCUCACACAUGCAAAUUUGUGGUAGUUCUCAGAAAUGUGUUUUCUUUUAUCGCAUAUUUGACACCACCUUUUGUUCGACUGCUAGAGCUACACUAGCGUUCAUACGUUAUUUCAUCCUUAAAAAGAAGAAAACCUCUCUGCAGAUAUAUUAAAUCCCACCUCCACUUUAUUUACAUGAUCGACUCUGAUGCAUCAGACACUAACGUCAGCAAUUCUCUGAACAUUUCUUUAUAUUUCGUUAUCAGUAUUCAAGCCGAGAGAUCAGAUUUCAGUCGUAUUAGUGGUGAAAGAUGUUUAAGUUUGUGGCUGUGAUGUUCCAUCGCUAUCAGCUAUCGUAAUCAAGAUACUCCAGACUAUUAACAUGGGAUUGUGAGCACAUCCCCAGUAUCAGAUUCAUAUCUGUGUGAAUUAACAUUUCCGUUAAUGAUCUUGCACUAUUCGAGAAUCUGAUCAAGAUGAUCUGAGACUAACUGGAUUGAUAGAAACCUUUUUUAAAUUCAUCUUCCAGUCAACAGGUCAUUGAUCAGGUUUUUUCUUUAGUCAAUUUUUUUGAUGGCUUGAGUGCACUCCGAACUUUAUCUUGACUGGUAUGAUGUUAUAUUUCUCUGAAAUAUAUCUGAAAAUGUGCUUCUUCUUGAAAUACAUUCUUAGAAAAGAUGCCAUUAUAAGGCAGGUACGGUGUGACGUAAUGUAGAUCCUUAUGAGAGCUUAACGUUAAAGCUUUCCCAGUUGCGAGCUCGGUGAUUAAGUGAAGGCUUUGACGGCCGGUUUAUUCCUUUGCCCACAGACGUAAUGUUUUCUUAUGUUGUUGUUUUGUGAGUGAAUCCUGUUGAAUCAGUAGCAUUCCUAGAGCUUUAUGAAGCGACCACAAUUCUCAUUGGAUUUCUCCAUUUAGGCCAGUCGUUUUUUUUUAUGUAUUAAGUCUCUCUCUUUUUAUUGCAGAAUUGCAGAGACACUGUCGCUAUAACAUCACAAAAUUAUUAAAUCCAGCCUGUUUUUAGCAGAUGUAUAAAAUUUUCUUGCAUUCAGGUGCUGUUUACUAAAAAUACCUAAAAGCAAACGUUCAUUCAUCUCAUUUAUUUCAUAAAACAAAACAAAACCCAGAACUCUGUAACACGUGUGUUAUGUAAUCCUGCUACAGUAUGAUAGGUUAUGAGAGUGAUGUGUAUUAAAUGUUGAUGAGUAAAAUGUGCAAAAUUGUUCGAUUUCUUUAAAAAAAACAAAAAACAAAUACAUUAACUGGAAAUCAAAAUUCGAUUUGGAUUCGAGUGAUUUAUUUUUUCUUAAUUGCCUUUUUUUUUCUUUAAUACGUAGGGCUUGGAAGGGAACAGUAGGUGAUACUGUAAUGCGUUGAGGUGUUGUUUUUUUUAAUAAAUUGCACUUCUUUAACACAGAUUUUCAGAAUGAAUCAAUGCCAAAACAAAGAGUUUUUCUAAAGUAAUGUUUAAAGAUCUAAAAGAAUGUUGAGAAAAGGUAAAAAGUGUGUUAAUAUAUAUUUUUUUUUCAAAAAUUCUUCUAGCGAGUCAAAGCAUAAAUGAACUCGUGUUUGAAGCAUGUGAUAAAUAUGGAUUUGCAUUUGAGGAAAUUGUUCAAACGGUUGUUUCAUACUUUCAGCAUGUAGAGUGUGUGAUGUGUAGAUGUUUUUAACAACUCUAUACACGUGUGUGUGUGUAGGGGUGGAUUAGGAUAAUGCUCAGCUUAUAAAUGUAACAGGUUUUUCUAGACUGAAAUGGUUCUUUCUUUGUUAAUUGUGUGUGUGUGUGUGUGUGUGUGUGUUUCCACAUGAAUUAGAGUUUAAUGAAGCAGCAAGUGUCACCUGUAUGUUGUCAGCUGUUGUCGUUUGUUUUCUCUCAUGUUACACACUGGCAUUUAUUAACAAUACAACAAUUUCCAUUAACA